CGCAAACUGUCGUAAAAUGUGAGCUUAGAGCAGAAAGAAGGAUGCACAACACCGAGCACGGCUGAGAGUUUUUGUUUGUUUUCGCUUGUUUCUGUCGGAAUGUGUCAGUAGUUCUGCUCGGUUCUGGCCCGGCUCAGUUGCUACCGUCAAGAUGGAGGCCAUGGAGGACGACAGCUCGGAGGUUAAAGACGACCACAACCACAACUACUGCGGCGGUAAAGUCAGGGCGGCGCUUAGCAGCCAGGUACCGGAUGGAGUAGGAGUCCCUGAGCCCGUUUGUCCAACGGUACCGGGGGCAGAACCGGCGAAGCGGCAGGCGAAACCGUGGUCCGGCAGUCCCCGGACUGUGUCCGAGUUGAUGGACUCGGACACAGGCAGCGAGAGCAGCGAAGUUAGCGAGCCGGACUGCUCGGCUGCUAGCGCCGAGGACAAAUUCAGACUCGACUCCACUUCCAAGUUCCGUAAGGGCCCGAAGAGCCGCGUGCUGAAUGCGAUGGCAGUAGAGGACUACCGGAAGAACCACUGGCCCAACCUGGAGGAGGCGAUAGACCGCCUGCUGAUCCAGAACCUCUCGGACCACAUCUCGGUCUCCUACGCUCAGAUCUACGGCUAUGUGUACAAGUGUGUUUGCCAGCAGCACUCUGAGCUGCUCUACAGAGACCUGACCUGCAAGAUUACAGCUCACCUGCAGCAGGUUUCCACACAACUACAGGCCAGCCCAACUGAAAACCUGAUUGAAAACUUCAACAUCGCUCUUACUCAGUACCUGGCGUCUCUUCAGUGUAUCGUUCCAGUGUUUAUAUACUUGAACAAGUUUUAUAUUGAGUCAAAACUGAACCGAGACCUGAAAGAGGAUCUGAUGAAGCUGUUUGCAGACCAUGUUGCAGAAGAACAUCUAAGCAAAUUGAUGCCUCUGCUCAUCAAAGCUCACUCCAUGCCGUUCCAAGUGCAGCCGUCGACGAUGGCCAGCGUGGUGAAAGGCCUCCACAGCCUGCGACCAGAGUGGGCCCAGCUCGCUCCGGCCCUCUUCUCCAGCUUCAUCCCGCAGAUCCACCCCCCCGCCGUGGAGUCCCAGCUGCCCGACUACGCCGACCGCGACCGGAAGCUGCAGAUGGAGCUCUCCAUGAACGGCUUUCCACGGGGCGACCAAUCCCGCAAACGCGCCAGCGAGGACUCCUGAUGGCGCCGGCUCUGUUGCAGAACUCUACUGUGCCUCCUACAGAUUGAUCCCACUCGCUGCUCUAAAUACACAUUCAACAACGCCUCACCUUCGUCUCUGUUGACACGAGGCCACAAAAACACUGUGAACGACACAACGACCGCAACAUUUUUCAUUUUGAUGCACAGGAGGGAAAAUCGACACUCUCAGACUUCCAUACAGGUUCUUCCCUCUCUGAUUCCAGCUGCUGUGAUUUGCGUCUGCAGCUGGAAAUCCUGUGAAUGUUUGAUACAGAAGGGGCUAAUAAACACUUUCUAGUUGCUGCUGACCAUAAUCUUCGUGUUUAAAUUCCACGAAUCGCUUGUUACAGGAAAAAAAAAAACGUAAGACCUCUGUUGUAAUUCUCUACUUUUACGUUGCCUUUAACGCAUUACUAACAAAAUAAAACAUUUGCCAAAGACUAGCAGAAGAUACUUUUAAAUGUGAUGCUUUUCAUUCAGGCUGCUUCCUCCCUUUAACGUUUGCACCAGUGCAUCUUAACAUAAGCUGUUAACUUAUUUCUGUAAUUUAAGAUGAAACUCAUAAAUUAUAUUGAUUCAUUAAUUACAGAGUGAUGGAUGUAAAGACUUUAAUUCUGUUGAUUUUAUAAAAGCGUCAAAUUAGGUUUUUCUGAAAAUUACAGCUAUUUUUUUUAAAUUCUCUCCUGAAAGUUUUUUUUUUCCUUCCACUAAACUUUCUGUUGAAUGCUGGAGCUUCUUUUAUGCUCCUCUACAAAAACACACAUUUUGUGUUUUGUAGAUUUCUGGUCUAUUCAAUGUAAAUGUCUUAUUCUAUAUAAGACAAAACUAACUUACAGUUUACUUUUCAGCAGAAAAUUGGAGCUUGUUUAAAAUUAAUAAUCCAUCCAAAAAGGGAUUUAUGUUUUACUUUUUGCAGAAUUUUAAUUUCAAAAUUCUGACUUUUUCCUCCAAAGAUUAAAAUCUGAAUUCUCUUUUUCUUUUGUGGCCCUAAUCUCCUUCCAUACCAUCCCGACCCUUUUUAUUUAUUUUUGUCCCUCGUUUCUGCUUUUAGCCUUACCUGCACGAUUUGCAGAUUUUUCCCAGAAAGUGCCAGAAAUCCUUGUGAACCUUUUGAUAUCCCAGAUUCUAUUUCUUCAUGGAUCCGAUGAGUCUUUAUGCAAAUGUUAAGAUGUAUAGCUUGUUUAUAAUGUAUAUAGUUUGUCACUGCUGCAUUUUCCUCUUUAAUAAUCUGAUUAGUAUUUUUGAUACAAGCUCUUACACUGUUUUAAGUGUAAAUAGAUGGUUUUCUCUUUCUGUCUUGUUUUCCUCUAAAACUUUUUGAUGAAGUAGAGAAAGAGUAAAGUUCCAACACUGGAUGUAAACAGUUGUAAUUUUUCCUCCAACAGAAUGAGAAAAGGUUUUUGUUUGUGGAAAAUGUCUGCAGAGAAACCGACUUGCACAGGAAACUUUUGUUAGUUUCAGGAGGAAAACAACGUUUGAGUUUCCAGAUGUUUGUUUUUUUCUCUCUCUCUGUUUUUAAACGAUAAAUUAAUUUCUGAUGAUCCAGAUUGUUUGCUUUUUGUCUGCCAGGUUUUUAAUAAAAGAUGUACAAAGAAA